AUGCAGCAACCUCAAGAUUGUGUGACUAAAGGCUAUGAGGAAAAAGUUUACAAGUUAAAGAAAGCUCUCUAUGGGUUGAAACAAGCCCAUAGAGCGUGGUAUAGUGAAAUUGACAACUACUUCAUUCAGCAAGAAUUUCAAAGAAGUCAAAGUGAGCCUACCUUGUAUGUGAAGCAUCAAGAUAAAGAUGAUAUCCUUCUUAUUGCCCUUUAUGUUGAUGAUUUAGUGUAUACGGGUAACAACAAGAAAAUGAUUGAAAUUUUUAAAAUAGAAAUGAUGAAAAAAUAUGAGAUGAGUGAUCUUGGCUUGUUGCAUCAUUUUCUUGGUAUUGAGGUUUACCAAGAUGAAUAUGGAGUUUUUAUUUGUCAAAAGCGAUAUGUCAAAAAUAUUUUGAAAAAGUUUGGCAUGUAUGGUUGGAAACCUAUUGAUAUUCCUUUAGUGGUGAAUGAAAAAUUAAAGAAGGAAGAUGGUGGAAGAUUAGUAGAUGCAAGCAUGUAUAGAAGUUUGGUUGGAAGUUUGUUUUAUCUUACAGCUUCAAGGCCCGAUUUAAUGCUUACUGCUAAUUUACUCUCAAGAUUCAUGAGUAAACCAAGUCAUUUACAUCUCGGGGCAGCAAAAAGAGUUUUAAGGUAUGUCAUGGGAACCAUGGAGCAUGGAAUCAGAUUUGAGAAGAAUUCUAAACUUGAAGCUAAAGGCUAUUGCGAUGGUGAUUGGGCCGAAAGUGUUGAUGAUAUGAAGAGCACUUCAGGUUAUGUAUUUAACCUUGGUUCAGGUGUGAUCUCUUGGUGCUCAAAGAAGCAAGAUACUGUGGCACAAUCUUCAGCUGAAGCUGAGUAUUUAGCAGUUGGUUUGGCUACACAACAAUCACUUUGGUUGAGAAGAAUAUUAGAAGAUAUUUGA